GUCUCCAAAAGGUGAUGUCUGUAGUGAAGGAUAUGUCUUGGAGAUAGAGUGCUGCUCCUCUUUAAACCAGCUUUCAGACAAAAAGGAGAUACCUGAUUUUAUUAAGAAAAUUCAAGAUGCUGCAAGUCAAGGCUUGAAAUUCGUUGGAAUUAUACCUCAAUACCAUUCCCAAAAGAACUGUCUUGUCAGCGCCUCCCUGACACCCACCGGUAACAACUCUGUGCAAUCAAGAGAUAAUAAAAAUGUUUCAGAUUACCCUGAGGAUCCUGCUUUACUGGAUGGCGAGAAAAUAGAUGGCAUUAAUGGAUGCAGUACUCCAGCACCGAGUGAGGAACGUGCUGACCAAUGUGCCACAUCCAGGGAGGGCUGUGGAGGUGAAGGACAGGCUACUGAAGAGCUGAAUCUCAAGUCUGUGAAGGGAAAUGGAGAACAGUUCCAGCAUGCGAACCCAGGUGUAACGGAAGCAGCAGACAAGCCCAAUGGACUUGCGGAGAAUGAAACACCAGCACGAUGCGUAAAGCCACUUACUGGCAAAGCAGAGAUCUUCGCUCUCUUCAACAAGCCAAAAACCCCACAGAAAUGCAGUCAGUAUUAUACGGUGACUAUCCCUAUGAGGAUCUCCAGGAACGGGCAGACUGUCAACAGCUUAGAAGCAAAUUGGCUGGAGCACAUGACAGAUCACUUCAGGAGAGGAGGCUCGCUGGUAAACGCCAUCUUCAGCCUUGGAAUGGUAAAUGAUUCUUUACAUGGGACAAUGGAUGGAGUAUUUCUCUUUGAAGAUGUUACCGUGGAAGACAGUAAAACCAUGCAGGGCUAUGAUGCAAUUGUUGUAGAGCAGUGGACUGUCCUGAAGGGGGUUGAAGUGCAGACAGAUUACGUUCCGCUGCUGAAUUCUCUUGCCAUGUAUGGCUGGCAGCUGACAUGUGUGCUUCCUACUCCAAUUGUGAAGACAAACAGGGAUGGGAAUUUAUCUACAAAGCAAAUUGUAUUUCUUCAGAGACCUUCUUUGCCCCAGAAAGCAAAGAAGAAAGAAUCUAAGUUUCACUGGAGAUUCUCCAAAGAAGACAUGCACAACAAACAAAUGAAGAAAUCCAUGAAGGCUAAAUUAAGUACUAGGGAGAAGCAAAAGGCAGAGGAGAAGCAGGAAUUUGAAGUCACAGAGAACACAAGAAACUUAGAAGCACAGAUCUCAACAGCAGCCAAGCCUGAUCCGGAACAGCAGCUGGAUGAGGUCAUAGACUUGGGAGAUGAAGUAGCUGGGACCAAGGACAGAGGUACCCAUCACGAUGGGGCGUCGGAAGAUACGUGUCCUGCCAGCUGCGAUACUGGUGACAAUGACACGCGGGUGUGCUUGAGCCAGAGCGCGUCUGGCUGCUGCGCCCAUCAGGUAACGGAGGGGGGAGACUGUGCCCCAGUACCGGAUGGCUGCGAUGGCAGCGAUGGGGCAGGGCUGGACACGGACUGCUCCUGCGAGUAG